UGGCGGGAAUCACGUUAUGAAGUUGACAGUUCAAGGCUUGGAAAGAAACAGUAUGACUUUGUAAACGGAAAGUGGAUCAUCGUUACGCAAUAUUAAUACAAAUCGUUUCAAUUAUAUGUUAAAUAGUUUUAUGUGUAUAAAUUUUCGAUAUUAAUAUAAAAUAUCGUUUAAUAUUCAAUUUUCCAAAGUCUCAAUGCUACUUAUUUCAAUACGUUUAGAAUCAACUGCUCUCAAGACAUUAUGUGAAAUGUGUUGCCUAUACGAAAUACCAGUGAUAUAAUGGAGGGAAAUCUAUUUAGCGAUUUCAUUUACAAGGAAAUUAUUGAAUUAUGUUUGGAAGUGGUGAGUGUGUUUGUGUUUGUGAGUGCUUAACAAAAUUUAUAAAUACAAAUUAAGUGAAUUCUAAGGAUAAUAAAAGUUUAGAUUCGCUACAAUCAUGAGUGGACCAUUCAAAAGAAGAUCUUCUAUAAAGACCUUGCCGGCUAUGAGUCUACCGGUGGAUUCGAUGAGAAGAGCGUCGAUUCGAAGAACUUCGAUAGCUUUGGGUCAGCAAAGUGGAAAAACCGCCGGACAACAGGAAGUCCCGUGGGAUAUUCUCGAUAGGUGUUUAUUACCUGUCAUUUUUUGUCACGCGACAGCCGUACUCGUUAGUAACGCCUUGAACGUGUUAAAAAUAUGGGAAGUUACGACUUUUACGUUGUUUAUAUGGUUUACAAUUGUUACUAUAGGAGCCGUACUAUUCUAUCACAAUCUGAAGGUAACAGCAGCAGGUAAAGCGGUUUUAAUAACCGGCUGCGAUUCUAGAGUAGGUAGCGCCCUAGCUCGACAGCUCGACGAACAAGGUUUCACAGUUUUCGCGGGAUUUCAAAACGCGUCGACUAGCUCGGCGGCGGAGGAAUUAAAAGAAGUAUGUUCCGGUAGAUUACACGUGCUACAACUAGAUGUCGCAUCGGAAACACAAAUUUUAGCCGCCUCCCUUUACGCCGUCGAACAUUUACCAGACGGAGCUCCGGGGCUUUGGGCCGUCGUUCAUGCGCAAUCGUGGGUAGCGUUAGGGGAGAUCGAAUGGAUUCCACCACAGGUGAUCAAGAAAGCGACCGAUAUUAAUUUUAUCGGCCCGACGCGUGUCACCCAGAUCAUGUUACCUUUAGUACGGCGCGCCAAAGGACGCAUCGUCAUGGUUACUUCCGGUUUAUGCAGAGUCUCGUCGCCGGUUCGAGGUAUACAUUGCGGAUUAUUGGCGGCGCUGGAAUCCCAAGCCGAAUGUUUGAGAAAAGAACUGAAAAGUAGAGGUGUGGACGUGGUGGUGGUGGCACCUGGUGAACUAACUUCCGGUUCGUCUUGGUUAUCCGACCAGCAUAUAAUCGAUCAAGCGAAAGACAUGUGGAAACAGCUCGGACAGGAACAAAAAAGCGAAUACGGGGAACAUUAUUUCGAGACUGCUUUGAGGAGUUUGGAAAAACACACCAAAGCGCAAGAGGUCGAUCUAUUUCCCGUACUCAGAGCGCUCAAUGAUGCCGUCAUUCGUACUUUUCCGUUGGCUAAAUACACUCCUGUAUCUCGUAAAGAAAAAAUUCAAGUUUUUAUCGCUGAAUAUUUUCCUAGAUCCGUUUAUGACGUCAUUUAUUCGUAAAUCGGUCUUUUCCUAAUAAAAGGAGGUUACUGUACGAGGUAUUUUGAUAACAAAAAUCUUCAAUACGGUUUACUAUUAUAUUUUUUUUUAGUUAUUGGAACGCCCCGUAUAAAAACCAACGAUAAUUUUUAUUAUUGAUCAAUUUUUUUGACAAACAAUCGCAUUUAGAUAAUAAUUUCUAAAAGAAUAUCAAAAGAUGUUGAAUUGUAGUAUUAGUAGCGUUUUUAGAAAAAAAUUUUGAAAAAUCGAAAAUCUGGUCAAAAAUUAAUAUACAUUAAACCUAAUUGAGCUUUACCCCGACGUCAUACUCAAAUAAGUAUACGCGUUGUAAAUAUUUAUUACUCCACUCUGUACAAAAUGGAAAAGUAUUUAUAAAAAAUUUUACCAUCUCGCCCCCAUUUAUUGAUAAUACUUCCUCAACAAAUUUUCCCAUAUCGCCCCAAUUUAUUAAUAACAAAACCUACACUUUUCCCGUAUCGCCCCCAUCUAUUAAUAAUAAAACUUCCCGCGUUUCAUAUAUAUCAAAUUUUCCCAUAUCGCCUCUAUUUAUUAAUAAUAUAACCUCUACAACAGAUUUCCCCAUCUCGCCCCCAUUUAUUAAUUUUGAAACAUCCACAGCAAAUUUUCCCACCUCGCCCCCAUUGAUUUAUAUUUAAACCUUCACGUUCCUAAUACAACAAAUUUUUCUCAUCUCACUCGCAUUUAUUAAUAACAAAACCUUCUUAACAAUUUUUCUAUCUCACCCUCAUUAAUUAAUAAUAAAACAUCUACUACAAAAAAUUUUCUCAACUCUCCCCCAUUUAUUAAUAACAGUAUUUCCACAACCAAUUUAACUAUCUCGCCCCAUUUAUUGAUAACAAAACCUCCAGAACAUUUUUUUCCAUAUCGCCCCUAUUUAUUUAUAUUGAAACCUCGCGCGUUCCUAAUACAACAAAUUUUGCCAUCUCGCCCCCAUUUAUUAAUAACAAUACCUACAGAACAAAUUCUUCCAUAUCGGCCCCAUUCAUUUAUAUUGACCUCGCACGUUCCUAAGAUAACAAAUUUACCCCUUUUAUUAAUAACGAAACCUCCAGAAUCAAUUUUAUCCCCCAUCUAUUAUUAUUUAAACCUCCACAACGACUUUUCUCCUAGCGCCCCCAUUUAUUUAUAACACAACCUCCCGCGUUCCCAAUACAACAAAUUUUCCCAUCUCGCCCCCCCCCCCCCCACAUAUUAAUAUUAAAACGUCCCACGUAUAUUGCAACACAACCUGCGAAAUCUCGUAAACACUAAACGGCAAAACAGCUGAGUUCUAAUAUCUGUCACAGGUCAUUGGCAUGACGUAGACAUUGGUGGAAGGAGUAAACCGAAUCGUUGUUGCCAAAUUCAAACAGAUAGAAAAUAUACUAAAAUUUCAGUUAAACGACAGUUACCAAAUUCUGAAAAAAUUAAUCAUUAAUCAAAAUAUUCCGUUUCGUGGAUUCUUAGACACAACUAAUCUGAACGUAAAUAAAAAUUUUUCAUAAUAUGAAAUACUUACUAAUUAAGCAAUUUAAUUAUACCUAUCACCAUCUCUGUUUAACUUAUGAAGUAUAUAAAACAACGUUUGUCAUUUCUUAAAUCGUAAAUAUCACUAGACAAGGAUGAAAAAUAUGAAGUUUAUCUUUGCUCGUUUAUACUUUAAAUGGCGUCAUGGCGAAGAUUAGUUUGAUCCGAUGUAGUGACAGCUUCGUUUUGUAAAAAUAAAAUAUUUUAAAUAAAA